GGAGCCCCGACUCCUGCCUGGGUCCUGGGAGGAGGGGGCUGGGGACCCGGACUCCAUGCUGUAGAAAAAGAGGCUGGAUCGAGUCCUUGGGGGCGUUGUUUGAAAUCAGCCAAGGUCUGGGUGGGCAAGGUCCGGAGCUUGGCCGCAGGAAUGCACUCUGACCGUGACCCUGCCCCACCCUGGGAUUUCCCGAGUCGCCACCCGGCCCGGGUCCCCGGGCUGAGCAGGAAUUUCCCUUGUGCGGGGAUUCCACGAGCGCCACGCUUGGCCACGCAUCGCGUCUCGGAGCGGGACACCUGGGUCGCCGGGCGGAGAGGAAGAAGGAGAUGGAAGAUUCCCUUGCGUGAGCGACGUGACGUCAGUGCGUCGCGUCUGGGCGGUUUCCGAGUCCGCCCUCCGGCGCUUAACCCUUCCUGUGCUCGAGCGGGGCUCGGAAGGGUGAGGGCUGAGGGCCCGGCCUUCUUGCGUCGUGCGAACAAGGAGUCUGGAAACUGGGAUUACCAGGUCCUAGAGGGGAGUAGGCUGAGGGCCCGGACUCCUGGGUCCUGAGGAAGGGUAUGCGAGUCUCCCAGACUCCCGUGAGUGAGCCGGAAUGAGCGCAGCCACUGCCCAUCACAGACGGUGAAGAAGCUCCUAGAAGAACAAAGGCGCCGCCAGCAGCAGCCUGACGCUGGUGGGCUACAGGGACAGUUCCUGGCUCCCCUGGCCCAGCCCCUGACCCCACCUGUGAAUGAGGGUGAAGCUGGCCAUACUCACUUCCCAGCACACCAGGAGACUGUGGGUUCUGGACUUGGCAGCCUGGCGCCCCCCAUGGGCUUUCCAGACUGGGACCCCAACACGCAUGCUGCCUACACGGACAGGCCCUACUCUUACCCUGCUUCUGCUGCUGAAGGUUUCCUGACUCCUGACUUCUACUCACACUCGGACCCAGGGCGGCCGUGUUCAUUUCCCCUGGGGAUGGAGGACCCCCUGGAUACUCGACCCUAUGCAGAACCUCCCCUGCCACAGGCAGGAUCCUGGAGAGGUUCUGGACUCCCUUCAGGACCCCCACAGUUGCCUCCUGUGGUCAACGGACCAUCCCUGGAUGCUGCCCGUGCUCACAUGCUGGCUUUGGGGCCACAAAAGCUGCUGGCCCAGGAUGAGGAGGGAGACACGCUCCUGCACCUGUUUGCGGCUCGAGGGUUGCGCUGGGCCGCAUACGCCGCAGCUGAGAUGCUCCAAGCGUACAGACAUCUGGACAUUCGUGAGCAUAAGGGCAAGACCCCUCUUCUGGUGGCUGCUGCUGCCAACCAGCCCCUGAUUGUGGAGGAUCUACUGAACCUGGGAGCGGAACCCAACGCCACUGACCAUCAAGGGCGCUCUGUCUUACACGUGGCCGCUACAUAUGGGCUCCCAAGAGUUCUCUCGGCUGUGAUUAACUCAGGGGUUCGAGUUGACAUCGAAGCCAGAGACUUCGAGGGCCUCACCCCUCUCCACACAGCCAUCCUGGCCCUCAACGUUGCUAUGCACCCCCCCGACCUAUAUCCCCCAGUACUGAGUACCCAGGCCCAGGACAGGCUGGCUUGCGUCAAGAUGUUGCUGCACAUGGGUGCUGAUCAUACCAGCCAGGAGAUCAAGAGCAACAAGACAGUUCUGCACUUGGCUGUGCAGGCUGCCAACCCGACCCUGGUUCAGCUGCUGCUGGCGCUGCCGCGGGGAGACCUGCGGGCCUUUGUCAACAUGAAGGCCCAUGGGAACACAGCCCUCCACAUGGCGGCCGCCCUGCCCCCUGGGCCGGCCCAGGAGGCCAUUGUGCGGCGCCUGCUGGCAGCUGGGGCGGAUCCAACGUUGCGCAACCUGGAGAACGAGCAGCCCGUCCACCUGCUACGGCCCGGGCUGGGCCCUGAGGGGCUCCGGCAGCUACUGAAGAGGAGCCGUGUGGCACCCCCAGGCCUGUCCUCUUAGGACUCAAACCCAGAACCUGGACUGAUUUUCCAGUCCCCACCGUCCUGUGGGACAGCCAGCGUAUGCUAAUGUUGCAAAUCCGUGAUAAUGUAUGUGCAUAAUGUCCUGCCAUCGGGGUCUUACAUUAAAACCCCAAAAUGGCUGUUGGUGGGUAAACAGUCCCCAAUAUUUGGGGUGGUGUGAUACCCUUCCUCCACCCACAAGGAGCCCCCUUGAUGAUUUCUGUGAAAUCGAGGCCCCUUGAUUGUUUCUGUGAAACACACUGGACCCCCAACCCUUUCCCCACCAGGAUCUUUUGGGGUCCAGAUGUAACUCCCCUAUAUGGUACUUGGGGUACGCCAAAAGAGCUUCCAGUACCAUCCUAGUAGAGCUCCUAAGAUGACCCCUGACCUCCCCAGGACCCACCCCCUUCAGGUCCUUAACCCUGAGACAUAGGAAGGACUCUCGAUCAUAGUCCCCUAGGUCCUACUGCUUUAAGUCAGAACACAACCAGGCCCCUGACCCAGACCUCAGUAUUUCUAGUGAAUCCCUCCCCUAUCUGAAACUCUUGAUUAAACUCA